GUAAGCGCAGAAAGCAGGCGAACCCGCGGCGCAAUAACGGAGUGCCUGGUCAAGAAAAUCUAAUGGAGUGACUAGUCAUCGAAAGGAAAACAAGGGAAAAUCCUAAACUCCUACCACAAGAAGAUUAAAAAGAUGUUCCUCCUGCACCAAGAAAGAUCUGAAGAUCUUUUUCAGUGUUCUUGGAGGUGAGGGGUGUAAGAGCUUGAUCAGUUGGUGCUCAUCCACCUUGUUCUCUUAAGAUAGUUAUGGGGAGGAGGGGUAUGGUGAAGCAGACCGGCGACUUACUGUGAGGAAAGUAAGGAAACUGAUAUACAUGCAUCAUCUUGGACUACUCGUUACCAAUUAUAAUAAUGUGGUAGAAACAAAUUCGGAUUCAGAUGAUGAAGAUAAACUACACAUCGUGGAAGAAGAAAGUGUUACAGAUGCAGCUGAUUGUGAUGCCAGUGUGCCAGAAGACGACUUGCCAACAGACCAGACAGUAUUACCAGAAAGCAGUGAAAGAGAUGGAAAUGCCAACAGUUGCUGGGAAGAAGAUGGAAAGGAAGCAAAAGAAAUCCUGGGGCCUGAAGCUCAAGCAGAUGAAGCUGGACGUACAGUAAAAGAUGAUGAAUGCGACUCAGAUGCAGAAAAUGAACAAAACCAUGAUCCUAAUGUUGAAGAAUUCCUGCAACAAGAAGAUACAGCUGUUAUUUAUCCUGAAGCACCUGAAGAGGACCAGAGACAAGGCACGCCAGAAGCUAGUGGUCAUGAUGAAAAUGGAACACCAGAUGCAUUCUCUCAACUGCUUACCUGCCCAUAUUGUGACAGAGGCUACAAACGCUUUACCUCUCUGAAGGAACACAUUAAAUACCGCCAUGAAAAAAAUGAGGAUAACUUUAGUUGUUCCCUUUGCAGUUAUACUUUUGCAUAUAGAACACAACUUGAACGUCACAUGACAUCACAUAAAGCGGGAAGAGAUCAAAGACAUGUGACGCAGUCUGGGGGCAACCGUAAAUUCAAGUGCACUGAAUGUGGAAAAGCUUUCAAAUACAAACAUCACCUGAAAGAGCACUUAAGAAUCCACAGCGGAGAGAAGCCAUAUGAGUGCCCAAACUGCAAGAAGCGGUUUUCCCAUUCUGGUUCUUACAGCUCACACAUAAGCAGCAAGAAGUGUAUUGGUUUGAUGCCCGUGAAUGGCCGUGCAAGAGCGGGGCUCAAGACAUCGCAGUGCUCUUCACCUUCCCUUUCAGCAUCGCCGGGGAGCCCGACGAGGCCCCAGAUCCGGCAAAAGAUAGAAAAUAAGCCCUUACAAGAACAACUUCCUGUAAACCAAAUUAAAACCGAACCUGUGGAUUAUGAAUUCAAGCCCAUAGUGGUUGCUUCAGGAAUCAACUGUUCAACCCCUUUGCCAAAUGGGGUUUUUAGUGGUGGUAGCCAGUUACAGGCAACCAGUUCUCCUCAGGGUGUGGUGCAAGCUGUUGUCCUCCCAACAGUAGGCCUGGUGUCUCCCAUAAGCAUCAACUUAAGUGACAUUCAAAAUGUACUUAAAGUGGCAGUGGACGGUAAUGUAAUACGGCAGGUUUUGGAGAACAAUCAUGCCAAUCUUGCAUCCAAAGAACAAGAAACAAUCAACUCUGCAACCCUCCCCCAAGGUGGCCAUUCCCUCAUUUCCGCUAUUAGUCUUCCUUUGGUUGACCAAGAUGGGACAACCAAAAUCAUCAUCAAUUACAGCCUGGAGCAGCCCAGUCAGCUUCAGGUGGUUCCCCAAAAUCUGAAGAAAGAAACUCCGGUCCCGGCCAACAGUUGCAAAAGCGAAAAGUUGCCGGAAGACCUCACCGUUAAGUCGGAGAAAGAGAAGAACUUCGAGGGAGGGGUGAACGAUAGCACUUGCCUUCUGUGUGAUGACUGUCCGGGAGACCUUAAUGCACUUCAAGAAUUAAAGCACUAUGACCUGAAACAGCCUGUCCAGCUCCCUCAGCCCAGCGGAACCGAAGCGGAGAAGUCUGACCCUCCGGUUUCGUCCGAUCCCACAGAUGGCAACUUAUCUCCCAGUCAACCACCUUUAAAGAACCUCCUGUCUCUCCUGAAAGCCUACUAUGCUUUAAAUGCACAGCCAAGCGCCGAAGAGCUCUCCAAAAUUGCCGACUCGGUUAACCUACCACUGGAUGUCGUAAAAAAGUGGUUUGCAAAAAUGCAAGCAGGACAGAUUCCUGUGCAGUCUCCUGAACCCGCCUCACCUGAACCAGGCAAAGUACUUGCUCCUACAGAUAACGCUGACCAACCGGAGACGACAAGUACGAGUGAAGCCCAAGGCAGCACAGCCAAUCCUCAAAGUCCCCUGAAGAUAACUAAAUCCCCAGUCUUGCCAGUGGGGUCGACUCUGAAUGGUUCCAGAAGUAGCACCCCGUCCUCAUCACCACUAAACCUUUCUUCGUCAAGAAACCCACCGGGUUAUGUGUACACCGCGGAGGGGGCCCAGGAAGAUCUGCAGGUGGAGCCUCUUGAUCUUUCACUACCAAAGCAGCAUGGAGAGUUAUUGGAAAGAUCCACCAUCACCAGUGUUUACCAGAACAGUGUUUAUUCUGUCCAGGAAGAACCCUUGAACUUGUCAUGUGCAAAAAAGGAGCCCCAAAAGGACAGUUGUAGUACAGACUCAGAUCCAGUUGUAAAUGUAAUCCCACCAAGUGCCAACCCCAUAAAUAUUGCUAUCCCUACAGUCACUGCCCAGUUACCUACAAUUGUUGCCAUUGCUGACCAGAACAGUGUUCCGUGCUUACGAGCGCUUGCUGCCAAUAAGCAAACCAUUCUGAUACCCCAGGUGGCUUAUACGUACUCUACUACAGUUAGCCCUGCUGCACUUCAAGAACCACCUUCAAAAGCGACCCAACCUAAUGGAAAUCAGGAUGAAAGGCAAGACACUAGCUCAGAAGGAGUAUCAAAUGUGGAGGACCAGAAUGAUUCUGAUUCCACCCCACCCAAAAAGAAGAUGCGAAAGACAGAAAAUGGAAUGUACGCUUGUGAUUUAUGUGAUAAAAUAUUCCAGAAGAGCAGCUCACUAUUGAGACAUAAAUAUGAACACACAGGUAAAAGACCUCAUGAGUGUGGGAUCUGUAAGAAGGCAUUCAAACACAAACAUCAUUUGAUCGAACACAUGCGACUGCAUUCUGGAGAAAAGCCCUAUCAAUGUGACAAAUGUGGGAAGCGCUUUUCCCACUCUGGGUCUUACUCUCAACACAUGAAUCACCGCUACUCCUACUGCAAGCGAGAGGCUGAGGAACGUGACAGCCCAGAGCAGGAAGAGGCAGGGCCAGAAGCCCUGAACCCAGAGCUGGCUGGGGCCCGAGUGUCUCCCUCGCAGAUCGACUCGGACGAGAGAGAGAGUUUAACCAGGGAAGAGGAGGAAGAGAGUGAAAAAGAGGAAGAAGAGGAGGAGGAUAAAGAGAUGGAAGAAUUGCAGGAAGACAAAGAAAGUGGGAAACCACAAGUGGGGGUAGAGGAGGUAGAGGGAGGAGGAAAAACUGCAGGUACUAAGAAGGAUGAGGAAGCUCCAAAUCAAGCAAGCAGCGUAGAAGAAGAAAUAACAGAGAAUGGUGAGCAAGCAUCGGAAGAAAAAGCAAGUGAAGCCUAAUUGCUUGAUUUUUUUUCCAUCAGUAAAAGAAAUCCUAAUUGAUAAGAAAAUCUGUUCUAUACUAUACAUGCUUUUCGCGGAGACACAGUAGUCUGCAUACUGUGAUUUCUGUUCACUACUGUGUACAAAAAUAAAACAAAGUACAAAAAAAACCCACAAAAAAAUUUCAAAAUCCAGGUGUGCCUGAACCUCAAACCUAGUCAUUUUUCACAUUGAGUGUGUACUUUUCAAAGUCAGGAACAAGUUUGUAACAUGAAGCAGAUUAGAAAAAGAUAGUGACUCUGAAAGCAGAGAUGGAACAGGUUGACAAAAACCUGGUUUAUUAGACAAGUGUCUGGCAUCCUUUUCUUUUAUCAGUAUUAACUUUCAUUCUUUUGUUGGUUAAUUUUUUAGCUGUACAAUUGGGAGAGAUUUAUAUAAUUUUUCUUUUUUUGGUAGAACAUUUGCUAAAUCCGCUUCAGUAUUUUUAUGUUUAAAAAAAAAAAAUGUGAGACCUUCUGCACUACACAGUUCCCUUCGCAGAGAAAUAGAAUGCAGUUCCAAACCGUGCUGACUACCUUUUGUAAAUCCAAUCUAGAAGGUAGCAAUUUCUAACAUUUAGAUGUUGUAGUAGAGCAUAUUAUCCUUUCAAGUGUAUUGUUAGCCUUAAGAAAGCAGCCGAUAGAAGAACUGAAGUUUCUUACUCAUGUGGUUAAAAAUGUAGUUUUGAAAGAUUGUUGUUGAGUUCUGAUUGCAGGGACUAACAGUGUUAAUACUGGUAAGGACAACAAAGUCGUCAAAAAUCAGUGUUUGUAAUUGUGUUUGAGUACGUAGUAAAAAUUUGAAGGAUAUGACAUGAAGCUUUGUAUCUCCUUUGGCCUUAUGCAAGACCUGUGUGCUGUAAGUGCCAUUUAUCAGUAUUUUAAAGGCCAGAACUGGCCUUCGUUCAUUAUGUGGCCUACAAUAACUAGCAUUUGAUUUGUUUCAAAAUUCUCAAAUGACUCUGAAAACGCCAAAUCUGUCAUCUAAAUACAAAAACCCUGGGACAUUUCAUCCUUUGUUUCCUCAGAAUUACUUUUGGGUUUAUUGACUUUCAGAAUUUCUCUACAGUAAUGACAAGGGAAAAUUUCUAAUCUGCUUUAUUGGUUUACUUUAAUUUCAGACAUAUUCUUGUCAGUGAUAUUCGGCUCAUAUCUGCUUCCAAAUGUUAGUUAUUAUGGACCCCAUUUAUUAACAAUGUUAGCUGAUUUUUACCUAUCAGUAUUAUUUUAUUUCUUUUAGUUUAUAGAUCUGUGCAACAUUUUUGUACUGUAUGUCUUCAAACCUGGCAGUAUUAAUACCCUUCUUACUGACAUAUGUACCUUUUUAGUUUUAGAAAACUUUUAUAUUUAUGUGUCUUAUUUUUAUAUUUCUUUAUUUAUUACACAGUGUAGUGUAUAAUACUGUAGUUUGUAUUAAUACAAUAAUAUAUUUUAGUAUGAAAAUUUGGAAAGUUGAUAAGAUUUAAAGUAGAGAUGCAAUUGGUUCUCUUGCAUUGAGAUUUGAUUUAACAGUGUUAUGUUAACAUUUAUACUUGCCUUGGACUGUAGAACAGAAGAAUUAAAAUGGGAAUGUAUUAGUUUUACAAUUACAAUCGUCAUUUUACCUUUACCCAGUUUUUAAUAUAAAACUCCUAAAUUUUGAAAUUCACCGUGUGACUAAUAGCAUGAUGCUCUGCAGUUUUAUUAAGAGAUUAGCCUAACCAUAAAACUCAUUUCCUUAGUAAGCCAAAUUAGAAUAACCUUAUAAACAGUGUUGGGAACAAUGUCUAACAUUUUUGUGCCAAUUUGUUCCUGUAUUCAUGUAUGUAAGUUACAAAUCUGAAUCUUCAUUUUUAAGUUCCUUGUUACACCAUGGUCAUUUUCUAGUUUUUUACCAGACUCCCCCAUCUCACAAUAAAAUGCGUCAACAAGCCUGA